UCACUAGACCACCUGUGUAGUGAGCGCAGCCAGCCGGUUCUGCGAGGAACACAUAACCGUUACGCCAAGAUCCACCGGGACGGGGAACGCACCACCAACAGAGGAAGGGAUGGAGAGGGGGUAGAAGGGCUGACCUCCCCACAGGAGGAGGAGGGGAGCGGGUACGGUGCGUUUACGCUGCCCUGUCGGAGGUCCCACUGUCUGUCUGAAGGUCUGCCAGGUCACCAGGUGGUGCCGUGUCCGACUUUCCAGGGCCGACGGGCACAGACUACACAGGACAUAUCAGGCGUGCUGGGAGAAGGCAGUGAGUAUGGGGAUAGCGGUAUCGACGGGGUUGCCACGGAGAUGGACAGGGAAGUGGGGCCAGGCUCACGGCGCUGUAAGGCCAUGUCGGCCUCGUUCUCCGUCUACUCUGCUGCCGGGAGCAGCGCGUUUAACGGGAGUGACAGCGGGAGCAGCAGCGGAGGAGGAGGAGAGGGAGGAGGAGGAGGAGGAGGAAGAGGAGGAGAUGGAGGAGGAGGAGGAGGAGGACAAGGAGGAGGAGGAGGAGGGGGGAGAAAAGGAGGAUGGGGAAUGUAUGAGAACUUCCAUCAGGACAUUUGAGAAUCAACACUGGACUCGUCGAGAGCGUGACUGCGCGGAGGAGGCGUGCUCAGCUGAGAGUGACGAGCGUAGCAGCGGCACACUAAGCACGGCUUACCCAUCAGACGCUCUCAUUGGCUGCUGUGCGCAGGGCACGGUGAGGAAGGCGGGAGCUCUGGCAGUGAAGAACUUCCUGGUUCACAAGAAGAAUAAGAAGGUGGAGCCAGCCACCAAGAGGAAGUGGAAACAUUACUGGGUCUGCCUCAAAGGAUGCACUCUGUUCCUGUACGAGACUGACGGGCGUUCGGGGAUCGACCACCACAGUGUUCCUAAGCACGCGGUGUGGGCUGAGAACAGUAUCCUCCAGGCCGUGCCUGAACACCCCAAGAAGGACUUUGUCUUCUGCCUCAGCAACUCUCUAGGGGACGCAUUUCUCUUCCAGACGUCGGGCCAGACGGAACUGGAGAACUGGAUCACGGCGGUCCACUCAGCGUGCGCGGCUGCCAUUGCUAGGCAACAUCACCGGGAGGAUACGGUGCGAUUGCUAAGGACAGAGAUCAGGAAACUGGAGCAGAAGAUAGACAUGGACGAGAAGAUGAAGAAGAUGGGAGACAUGCAGCUCAGUGCAGUGACAGAUAACAAGAAGAGGAAGACUAUUCUGGAACAGAUCUUCCUGUGGGAGCAGAAUCUAGAACAGUUCCACUUGGACAUGUUCAGGUGUCGUUGUUACCUGUCCAGUCUGCAGGGAGGGGAGCUGCCCAACCCUAAACGUCUGCUAGCCGUGGCCUCCAGAGCCACCAAACAGGCCAUGGGACGCCUGGGAAUCUUCUCGGUGUCUUCCUUUCACGCGCUGGUGGCGGUACGUACAGAGAGCGCGGUGAGGAAGCGGUCCCAGGCUAUGCCCCGCCCCUCUAGUAAACGUCGGAGUCGCUUCUCUUCCCUCUGGGGGCUGGACACCACAUCUAAGAAGAAGGUUAAAGGUCGACCCAGCAUCAACCAGGUGUUUGUUGCUGGAGGGGAACCAGUGAUCAAACCAACGGAGAGAAUGUUUGAAGAUACGGCCAGUGAGAAAUCGAAGGAGGAGGGUUCAUUGAAAAUUAUUCCCCAGGACAGCGUGGACAGUGAGAUUUGGGUUCCUGACUACCUGGCCCCGUCCUGGGUGUGUCUACCUAACGACCAGCCUGUGCUAGCCGUCAUUCAACCAGGGGAGACUGCAGAAGAUACGCUGGACACUGUCUGCAAGGCCCAUAAACUGGACCCGUCAAACUUCUACCUGCGUCUGAAGGUGUGUGUAGAGGAGCAGCUGCUGCUAUAUGUUCCCAAACUGGAAGAAGACAUCUCUGAUCUGCUCUACAAAGAGAUUGAGAUACGUCCCAAAACCACCAAGCUAAUCCGCUUCGACAAAGCUGAGUCCUGCACGUUGGGAUACGGUUUCUCAAUAGCAGUAGUAGACGAGGAGGGGACUCAGCAGCUCCAUAUCACUGAAGUAAAGGCAGGAGGACUGGCUUCUGCUAAAGGCCUGCUUGCGGGAGAUGAGAUCCUGUUGUUAAAUGGUAAACCGGCGUCGGCUCUGGGCGUGUUGGAUAUGAGGUCAGCGUUAGUCGGCCCCUCGUUGUCCCUGAGCGUGAGCACCCUGCCGACCCUUGACCCCCGCGACCUCUGUCCUUUUCCCCCUCGACGCUCCAACACAGCAGAAUACGACACCUGUACAGACAUCUAUUCCCAGAGCCAAGAGGACAUUCUGGAUGAGGUAUCAGGGUUGACGGUGGUCAGUCCAGAUGAUACUCUGGAGGAUGAGUCACUUCUGGAUCUGGAGAAUUCAGGACACAACCAGGCGGACUACGCUGAGACAGGACAGAAGAGUACUGAGCAGGUGACUGCAUACUGCCGGAGUCUCCAUGAGAUGAAUCCUUCCCAUGUUCCCCCUCAGUCUUCCUCGUCCUGCUCUUCCUCCCUCUCUCCCAGCCAGUCAAUGCCAGUGGCGGCGGGCUUUGCCAUCCAGAGACAGCUGUCACACGCCGACAAACUACGUAAAGUCAUCAGUGAACUGGUGGAGACUGAGAGGACCUACGUCAAGGACCUGGGCUGUCUGAUCGAGCGCUACCUUACCCCAUUACAGAAGGAGAGCUUCCUCACCCAGGAUGAGCUGGAUGUCCUGUUCGGUAACCUCGGAGAGAUGCUGGAGUUCCAGGUAGAGUUCCUGAAGACUCUAGAAGACGGGACCAGACUGGUAGCCGACCUGGACAGGCUGGAGAGAGUAGAACAGUUUAAGAAAGUGCUGUUCUCUCUGGGUGGAUCGUUCCUGUACUACGCCGAUCGCUUCAAGAUCUACAGUGCUUUCUGUGCCAGCCACACCAAGGUCCCCAAAGUCCUGGCCAAAGCUAAGACAGAUGCAGACUUCAAAGCGUUCCUAGCAGAGAGGAAUCCUAAACAGCAACACUCUUCAACCCUGGAGUCCUACCUGAUCAAACCCAUCCAGAGAAUCCUGAAGUACCCACUACUACUGAGAGAGCUGUACUCACUGACUGACCCUGAGAGUGAAGAACACUAUCACCUGAAUGUUGCGAUGAAGGCCAUGAACAAGGUGGCCAGUCACAUCAACGAGAUGCAGAAACUUCAUGAGGAGUACGGCGCCGUGUUUGACCAGCUCAUCAAUGAGAUGACUGCAGACAAGAAGGAGGUAUCCGAUCUAUCCAUGGGAGAUCUUCUCCUCCACUCCACCCUGGUGUGGAUCAAUCCUCCAGCCUCCCUGGUCAAGGGCAAAAAGGACCCUGAGCUGGCAACCUUCGUGUUCAAGACAGCGGUGGUCUUUGUGUACAGAGAUCGCUCCAAGCAGAGGAAGAAGCUUGGCGGGUCUCAUCGUCCUGCUGUGGCAGAUGACAGAGUCCCGUUCCUGUUCCGUCACAUGAUCUCGACAGACGCCCUACAAGUCCGCGCCCUCACAAACUCCGAGGGUACAGCGGUGUGUGAGAUAGUUCACGUGAGGUCAGAGUCUGAGGGGAGACCAGAGAGAACCUUUCACCUGUGCUGCAGUUCUGUGGACAGUAAAAAGGACUUCCUGAAGACAGUCCACUCCAUCCUGAGGGAUAAACAACGACGUCAGCUGAUGAAGACUGAGUCUCUACCACCCAACCAGCAAUAUGUCCCCUUCGGAGGCAAACGCCUCUGUAACCUCAAGGGAAACAGACCAGCCAUGAACAGAGCAGUCUCAGCCCCGUCUCGGACCCUUGGUCGCAGGAAGCUGGUUAGGAACCGAUUCACCAUUGACACCGACCUCGUUCUCCAUGACAACCACGAAGACUCUGACUCUAACCCCUCCCACUCUACCCAUGACCAUUCCCAACAGCCUCCACAUUCCCAUAACCCCCUGCUUCCUACUCAGAAGCCUCAGCAGCGGAUGCUGUUGGUGACUGGAGGCGACACUGACCGCUGGGUGGAGGAACAGUUCGACCUGGGUUGCUACGACGACCAGGGAGGAGUGACGGGGGAGGAGAGAAGGAUGGAGGGAGGGAUAGAGGGAAGGAUGGAGGUGAAAGAGACGGACAUUCUGAGCGACGAUGACGAGUACUGCAAGUCAGUCAGGGCUUCAUCAGCCGAACCCAGCCUCCUGGAGGAGAGGAUGGAGGGAGCGACUCUAGAGGAGAGGAGCCAAGACCAGGACAGAGGGGUAGAAGAGGAGGAGGAGGAGGAGGGAAAGAAAGAUGAGAGGAGACAGAACGGAGCGGUAGAGGAAGAGAGGAGGAGCUCCCAUGGCAUUCUCCAAGAGGACGAGGGGGGUGAAAGGGGUGAGUUACAGGUAGACUCUGACUCCCCCGUCCCUCCCCCCUCACGGUCCCCUGCCCUGCCGGUGAAGCUUACCCCCCUAAGGAAGCAAUGGGCUGCGGAGGGCGUGGCCGGGAAGCAGUGUUCCGUGGAGAGAGUGGCCGAGAGGGACCACUGUGAUGUCAUCUGGGUGCGACGCGAAGACUACGCCAACGGAGGGAACAACGACAUCUUCUGAGACUGAGAGGGAGGGAGUGAUGAACAACAGAAAGAGAGGAAGAGAAGAGAGAGGGAGGGAGCGAGGGAUGAACAACAGGAAGAGAGGAAGAGAAGAGAGGGAUCAACGCCUUCUAGGGAGAAGAGGAUAUGACAGGCGGGACAUGACAGACGGGACAUGACAGACGGGACAUGACAGACGGGAUAUGACAGACGGGAUAAAACAGACGGGAUAAAACAGACGGGAUAUGACAGACGGGACAUGACAGACGGGAUAAAACAGACGGGAUAUGACAGACGGGACAUGACAGACGGGACAUGACAGACGGGAUAUGACAGACGGGAUAAAACAGACGGGAUAAAACAGACGGGAUAUGACAGACGGGAUAAAACAGACGGGAUAUGAAUGACGGGCUAUGACAGAUGGGAUAAAACAGAUGGGAUAAAACAGAUGGGAUAAAACAAACUGGACAUGACAGACGGGACAUGACAGACGGGAUAAAACAAACUGGCUAUGACAGAUGGGGUAAAACAGACGGGGGUAAAACAGACGGGAUAAAACAGAUGGGCUAUGACAGACGGGACAUGACAGACGGGACAUGACAGACGGGACAUGACAGACGGGACAUGACAGACGGGACAUGACAGACGGGAUAAAACAGAUGGGCUAUGACAGACGGGACAUGACAGACGGGACAUGACAGACGGGACAUGACAGACGGGACAUGACAGACGGGAUAUGACAGACGGGAUAAAACAGACGGGAUAAAACAGACGGGAUAUGACAGACGGGAUAAAACAGAUGGGCUAUGACAGACGGGACAUGACAGACGGGAUAUGACAGACGGGAUAAAACAGAUGGGCUAUGACAGACGGGACAUGACAGACGGGACAUGACAGACGGGACAUGACAGACGGGACAUGACAGACGGGACAUGACAGACGGGAUAUGACAGACGGGAUAAAACAGAUGGGCUAUGACAGACGGGACAUGACAGACGGGAUAAAACAGAUGGGCUAUGACAGACGGGACAUGACAGACGGGACAUGACAGACGGGACAUGACAGACGGGAUAUGACAGACGGGAUAAAACAGACGGGAUAAAACAGACGGGAUAUGACAGACGGGAUAAAACAGAUGGGCUAUGACAGACGGGACAUGACAGACGGGAUAUGACAGACGGGAUAAAACAGAUGGGCUAUGACAGACGGGAUAAAACAGAUGGGCUAUGACAGACGGGAUAAAACAGAUGGGCCAUGACAGACGGGACAUGACAGACGGGACAUGACAGACGGGAUAUGACAGACGGGAUAAAACAGACGGGACAUGACAGACGGGACAUGACAGACGGGAUAUGACAGACGGGAUAAAACAGACGGGACAUAACAGACGGGACAUGACAGACGGGACAUGACAGACGGGACAUGACAGACGGGACAUGACAGACGGGACAUGACAGACGGGACACAAACGUGACUGCUGAGUUCGUUCACACAAGCUUUAAAAAGGAGGUUUUCGAGGAGGGAAGAAGGACCCUUGUCGAUGUAAACUCUUAUCUCCCCUCACCACUCCACGGGUUUAUUCCCACGGAACCAAACGGAAGCAAACAGGGAGGGACUAACCUGAACUUUUCUCAUAAGAACACUCGUUUUUCAUUUACGAAACGUUUUCCAUUACAAAACGAUUUGCACUAAUGAAUACAACCCAUCGCCCACUUUCUCCUGACAAUCCUACUGUCUUCUUCUACUUGGUGACAGACUCACAGUCUCACAAUGCCUCAACUGAAUUGGUAUCAGAUGGGAGAGAGAGGCCGCACACGCAAACACACUGAACUAUGAUCUUGUUGCCAAAAAAAAAAAAAAAAAAAGUUUAUUUUUCAAACGCAGGAAUGAUGGGUCAUAUUUUUUGCUUCUCUGACUUAGAAACUGUGUUUGUUUGUUUGUUUGUAACACUCAAGGGCUGUGUGUAACUUCUAAACCUUGUCUGCAUCUCAGAUGCUACCGUACCGUGUACCCUUUUUUUAGUGCACUGUUUUUUCACCCUGGACCCAUAUAGGGUUCUGAUCCUAAACCUUGUCUUCAGGGGCUACAGACUGCUGUGUAAUAUAAUACAUAGAGAUAGAUAGAGGACACAACUUGGAUAUUAAUACAAAGAUGAGAUCUCUUUCCAUCUCUAUGGUGUACAACCCUGCUAGCUUUACCGCGCUUACACUGUUCUGCUCCAUAUCGGCUGCUGAUAGCACUCAGAGCAACUGUCCAGGCACAAUUAUAGCUUAUUGUCUUUUCUAAAAUAACAUUAUUUUUAUUCACGUCUACCAACAUAUUUGUUCAAAUCUUGAUUUUGUUGACUAUGGGAAAAAAAAUGAACUAAACACAUUUUUUUAUUUUUUUAUUUUGUGUGUUUUUUUUCUGUUUACAUGACAUCCAGUGUUACUCACUCCCUGACCCUCGCAUGGGACAGGAUAUGGCAUCAUAGUAAUAAUAUGACUUCCUGUUUUACUUGAAUUUUCUUUGGAGUUUUGUUUGAAAGGAAAAUGUUUGACAAAAAAAAAAAACCCUGCUGUUACUGACUGCAAAGCAGGAUCAAUGAAUUACCCAGCUGAUGUUGAUUUUAAAAAAACAACAGAAAUAACCAUCAUUUUUUUCUGGUUCAUUUAAGAAAGAUAAACUUAGAUCUGUGUUUUUUUGGUUCUUGAGUAAAUUAGACCAUGCCCAUUUCAAGCUUAUCUUUAAAGUAAGAAGUUAUUUCAGAAUAUUUAGGCAAGUAAGCUGGAUAACUCAAUAAAUAUGCUUUGUAGUAUACCCAUUUGGACUGCUGCCAAUGUCGACCCGACUACCGUGUCAUGCUGCCUUCAAAAUGCUCCUCAGAACUGGGAAGUACGAGGUUCCGACUGGGAACUAAAUAGUUGAACGACCCUGCCAAGUCGGUCUUCCAAGUGGAAAAGUCGGAGGUAAUUUUGAUACCCCGACUUUACGAGUUGUUAUGUUUCGUCACUGACCUUUUUCACCUUUUCAAUCAAAAGAUUAAAAAAUAAAAAUAAAAACAUUUUGACAUCGUCUAACUCUCUGUAUCAAUGUGGAUAAUGCAGGUAGUUUGACAAUAUUAUCAACAUUAACGAAAGCUAGUCAACUUUAUCAUUAGAAAUGUUAGCUAGCUCAUCUAGCUAGCUAAAAUCUCAUUGGUUAAAGAAUUGUUUCCGAAUUCAAAAGCAAUGACUAGCUCUUAAAGGAGUUAUCCUUAGCUUCUGACUAAUUCUUAAAGGAGUUAUCCUUAGCUUCUGACUAACUCUUUAAGAGUUAUCCUUAGCUUCUGACUAAUUCUUAAAGGAGUUAUCCUUAGCUUCUGACUUAUUCUUAAAGGAGUUAUCCUUAGCUUAUGACUAAUUCUUAAAGGAGUUAUCCUUAGCUUAUGACUAAUUCUUAAAGGAGUUAUCCUUAGCUUAUGACUAGCUCUUAAAGGAGUUAUCCUUAGCUUCUGACUAAUUCUUAAAGGAGUUAUCCUUAGCUUAUGACUAGCUCUUAAAGGAGUUAUCCUUAGCUUCUGACUUAUUCUUAAAGGAGUUAUCCUUAGCUUAUGACUAAUUCUUAAAGGAGUUAUCCUUAGCUUAUGACUAAUUCUUAAAGGAGUUAUCCUUAGCUUAUGACUAGCUCUUAAAGGAGUUAUCCUUAGCUUCUGACUAAUUCUUAAAGGAGUUAUCCUUAGCUUAUGACUAGCUCUUAAAGGAGUUAUCCUUAGCUUCUGACUAAUUCUUAAAAGAGUUAUCCUUAGCUUCUGACUAGCUCUUAAAGGAGUUAUCCUUAGCUUCUGACUUAUUCUUAAAGGAGUUAUCCUUAGCUUCUGACUAGCUCUUAAAGGAGUUAUCCUUAGCUUCUGGCUUAUUCUUAAAGGAGUUAUCCUUAGCUUAUGACUAAUUCUUAAAGGAGUUAUCCUUAGCUUAUGACUAAUUCUUAAAGGAGUUAUCCUUAGCUUCUGACUAGCUCUUAAAGGAGUUAUCCUUAGCUUCUGACUAAUUCUUAAAGGAGUUAUCCUUAGCUUCUGACUAGCUCUUAAAGGAGUUAUCCUUAGCUUCUGACUAACGCUUAAAGGAGUUAUCCUUAGCUUCUGACUAACGCUUAAAGGAGUUAUCCUUAGCUUCUGUUUCCUCUUGUGGUUGUACGAUAAGUCACAAUCAAGGCAGCACACAAAGCAAAGACGAAAACGUUUUUUCGAACACUCGGACGCCUGUUCUUCUUUUGGUUUCGCACUAUUGAAGACCCGCCCCAUCAGUCCUACAAAACCAAAACAAAACAACCGCUGGGUCCUCUCUGCUGAGUGGAAAUAGAAACUAAAGAUUUUUCAGUUUUGAAGUAGAACAAACCUUCCCUGGUUUCCAGAUACGUGUAGUGUACCACAAAGCAGGAUCGAAUGAGUUAACCGGCUAACUUGCCUAAAUAUUCUAAAAUAAGAUAAUUUAUUUAAAAAGACAAGGUUGAAAUGGGCCAUAGUCUAACUGAACCAAAUAACUAAAAACACAUUUUAAAGUUUAGCUUUCUUAUUAUUAAUAAACCAGAAAAUCUAUAUUUAUCUCUGGUUGUUUAUUUAAAGUUAGCUGUUGAACUCAUUGAUCCUGCUUUGUAUCCUGCUUUGUAUACCUCUCUGGAUUAAUUGCCCGAUCUUUUUGUUGUUGUCAUGUCAAACAGAACGAUAUUUAUCUACAAAUGAGCAAAGCUACAACAACAACAAAAAGGUUGAAGUUUGAAAUCUGAAGAAUUUUUUUUUUUUUAAAAAGCAAGUCUUUCUUGUCUGUCUACGUUUGACAUUUUGGUCAUUUAACAGACGCUCUUAUCCAGAGCAACUUCCUGUCUAUUCCCAACCAGGGAUCUAUGUACUAAUUCCUUACUAGGCCGGCUACCGCUAAACUACUGUGCUUUCUCUCCUACACUGUCUUGUUCUAUGUCUAUCUAAUACACGUGGCACAAAACACAGAAUACUGUAUAUCUCAACAACAACAACAAAAAAAUAGCACAGACUAGUGCACCAUUUAUGGAUGUAUUCAAACUGCACUUCUACUCAACCGUGGGACAGAAUUACAUGGAACUGUGAGACUUUCUGAUCAAAACAACACAUACAGGACCCGGAGUUUUACCUGCACAAUAUACAUUCAUAGGGGUUCUAUAAACGUUAGAGCUUCUAUAACAAGAAACACUCUGGCUCCAGUUAUAGCUUUUAUAUAUAUAUAUAUAUAUAUAUAACAAGGGCCCCGAGUUGUUCCUUGUUAGUUCACACAAUCAUGCAGAUAAAACUGCUGGCUCCGAGUUAGCAAUGAGAUCUACAUGCAGGAUGUUCAGGAAUGCUGGACUAAAAACACAACUAAUAGUAGUAGUUGUUGUUGAUAGAGUUGUUAGCGUUAGCACACAUGGCAAAUCAAUGAUCUUUUAAUCACUCCUAGGACCUAUACUACUACUACUACUACUACUACUACUACCCCUGAGAUUGGAUGCAUCCCAAACAGCACCCUAUCCCUUAUAUAGUGUAAUACUUUUGCCCAGUUCCCCGUAGGGCUCUGGUCUAAAGUAGUGCACUAUCCUAGGGUAUAGGGUAGUGUUUUGGGACGCAGACAUUGUGAAGUACAAUCGCUGGUCUAGAGGUGAAUCUUGUGACUUCCUUUGACUUUCCCCUCUUUUUUGUUUGUAUUUUGCAUUUUUAAAAACUGUGUUCGUAAAUAGGACUGUUGAUUACCAUUAAUAUAACUAUUAUUAUUAUUAUUACUAUUGUUAUUAUUAUAAAAAAUUUACAUUUCUUAUCGGAUUUUGGUAUUUUCUCUUUUUUUUGUGUGAGUUUCUCAAUAAUAUAUAUAUAUAUAUAUAUAUCCUGUUAAUGUGUCUUUAUUUAGACAGACCUGUUUAUUAAAUGAUGAAAAGACGAGGAUGAAGCAGUCUGACAAUGCAGAUGGUUCAUUACAGUUUCUGGAUCGGGUACAAGCAUCUUUUGGAACUGUGGUUAAACCUAUAGCAAACCAACCGUGGUCAAAUGAACUGGUUAAACCUAUAGCAAACCAACCAUGGUCAAAUUAACUGGUUAAACCUAUAGCAAACCAACCGUGGUCAAAUUAACUGGUUAAACCUAUAGCAAACCAACCAUGGUCAAAUUAACUGGUUAAACCUAUAGCAAACCAACCAUGGUCAAAUUAACUGGUUAAACCUAUAGCAAACCAACCGUGGUCAAAUUAACUGGUUAAACCUAUAGCAAACCAACCAUGGUCAAAUUAACUGGUUAAACCUAUAGCAAACCAACCAUGGUCAAAUUAACUGGUUAAACCUAUAGCAAACCAAACGUGGUCAAAUUAACUGGUUAAAUGUACCUAUAGCAAACCAACCAUGGUCAAAUGAACUGGUUAAAUGUACCUAUAGCAAACCAACCAUGGUCAAAUGUACUGGUUAAACGUGCCUAUAGCAAACCAACCAUUGUCAAAUUAACUAUCGCUAAACGGACCGAUAGCAAGCCAACCAUGGUCAAAUUAACUGGCUAAACCUGUAGUACACUAACCAUGGUCAAAUGAACUGGUUAAAUGUACCUAUAGCAAACCAACCAUGGUCAAAUUAACUGGUUAAACAUACCUAUAGCAAACCAACCAUGGUCAAAUGAACUGGUUAAAUGUACCUAUAGCAAACCAACCAUGGUCAAAUUAACUUGUUUUAAAUGAACCUAUAGCAAACCAACCAUGGUCAAAUGAACUGGUUAAACGUACCUAUAGCAAACCAACCAUGGUCAAAUUAACUGGUUAAACAUACCUAUAGCAAACCAACCAUGGUCAAAUUAACUGGCUAAACAUACCUAUGGCAAACCAACCAUGGUCAAAUGAAUUGUGGUUAAACGUACCUACAGCAAACCAACCAUGGUCAAAUUAACUAUGGUUAAACGGACCUACAGUAAACCAACCAUGGUCAAAUGGACUAUGGUUAAACGUCCUAUAGCAAACCAACCAUGGUCAAAUGAAUUGUGGUUAAAUGUACCUAUAGCAAACUAACCAUGGUCAAAUUAACUGGUUAAACGUACCUAUAGCAAACCAACCAUGGUGAAAUGAACUGGUUAAACGUGCCUAUAGCAAACCAACCAUGGUCAAAUUAACUGGUUAAACAUACCUAUAGCAAACCAACCAUGGUCAAAUGAAAUGGUUAAACGUGCCUAUAGCAAACCAACCAUGGUCAAAUUAACUGGUUAAACAUACCUAUAGCAAACCAACCAUGGUCAAAUGAACUGGUUAAACGUGCCUAUAGCAAACCAACCAUUGUCAAAUUAACUAUGGCUAAACGGACCGAUAGCAAGCCAACCAUGGUCAAAUGAACUGGUUAAACGUGCCUAUAGCAAACCAACCAUUGUCAAAUUAACUAUGGCUAAACGGACCGAUAGCAAACCAACCAUGGUCAAAUGAUUAAAUAGAUUUUCAGAAAGUCAGAUAAUGUUAUUGUCUUUGUUACCUGGAUUGAAUAUCUUAGACCCAUUUUUGCUAAAAAUAGAAUUGUCAUCAAUGAAUACAAAGUCGAGUGUAAAAGUGUUUUGCUGACAGAAUAUCAACACGUUGUUUUCAUAAGAAGAGAACAUGUUACAAAUGUGUUCACUGUUUCCGGCAACUGUACAAAAUGUUAAAUGGCGUUUUCAGUAGUAGAAUAUAAAGAAAGAUGUAAACAUGGGAACUGUCUAACUGCUAUGAUUCUUGACAACAUUGCAGAGAAGAAAGUUGAGUUAUUUUGUAAGUAACUUUGGGUUACUCCUAAAAGACAUCAUCUCCAACAUUACAGGUUUGUUUUCGGUGUGAUUUGAGACUUGGUUCGUAUCAGUUGUAUUCACCGUUUCUUUAUUUCGAUUGUGGAUUGUGUUUCUGCGUCGUUGGAAAGUUGACGAACCUAUGAGCACACCGGCAUCUGGAUUAUAAUGAUGGCGAUGAAUAAAUCCGGCACACAAUGUGGAUAUUUUCUAUUUUUCCUUUUUUGAUCAGGAAUAAUAUUUAUUUUGAUGUGUAUGAAAUUGUUUGGUGAAAUAUGCAUUUAAAAAAAGGACAGUAAUUACCUAUAAUUCCUGCACCUUUCGAUAGUUGUAUUUCCAAAUUUGAUCAUCAUGAUUUAGUUACUGCAAAGACAAUCUAUUGAUCUCAAAUCUACUUAAAAGACAGACUAACUUUCUGUUUUGUCAGCUUAGACUCAACAAAUGUAUGUUUGUGUUAAUCUUUUUGCAGACGGUCAUGUUUUAAAGAAUGCACUUGCAAGUCUGACAGUAUCAUUUGGUUUGGAUUGAUGUAUUUGUUUUGGAAAGGCAGCUACAUAAAAAUAAAUAAAAAAUAAAGGACUGUUUUGCAAACUGUCA